AUGCCAAUCCGCCUUGAGGGUGAAAUCGGCGAUGUUAUGGUGAGAGGCACUAUCCCAGACUCUAUCGAUGGAACCUUCUACCGUGUUGCGUCGGACCACUUCACGCCUAUUCCUUCCGGACAUAUGCCUCUCGGCGGCCAUGGGGUCGUGAGCGCCUUCCGCAUCCACAAGGACCAGGUAGAUUUCAAGAUUCGAUAUGUCCACAAUGGCCGAUAUAAGGUGGAGAGAAAUAGGAAGGAGAGUCUCUGGACCGACCUUUAUGAACACCCACUCAGCCAGCACCCAUGCGCUCGGGCUGUCCUGGGCACGACCAGCAACACCAACGUCAUCUACUGGGCUGGGAGGCUCCUUGCACUUCAGGAGAUGGAUCCCCCCUACGCCAUGGACCCUGACACUCUGGAGACUAUCGGCAUGGAUCCGUUCGGUAAUCAAAUACUGAGCCCAAUCCUCACGGCGCACCCAAAAAUCGAUCCUCAUGUCGAUGAGCUGGUCACCUGGGGUAUCGACCACGGCACGAAUGAUAUUAUAUCGUAUUCUAUUGACCGUCAAGGUAUCGUCAAGAACGAGCACCGUAUUAAACGUGUCCUGCCUGGGAUUAUCCACGACAUUGCUCUGACGGAGAACUGGAUCGUCUUCUGCCAGUGGCCUACCUCUUUCAACCCAAAGCCUGGUGAGGUCCCCAUUAUGUGGGACAUUAGCCGGCCUGCCAUCUUUGAGGUGGCUCCUAGAUGUCCCGAAACACCUUUGGAAGGGUCAGGGCGGAAGCCUUACGAGCACCGCGUGUAUACGCACUACGCCAACUCGGAAAUUGUGCACACCGCUGGUGCAUGGGAGGAGGGCGGCAAAAUCUUCUUCGAAGGCACAUGGCCUCACGACAAUCUCUUCCCAUUCUGGCCCAGGAAUGACGGCAAGAAACCAUCCGGAAAUACUGUUGUGGACCUAGUACGGCUUGAGAUUGAUAUUAGCCAGCCGAGCAACACCGAAAUCCCAGACCAAGUCACCUUGGUGGACAUCCCCAACGAGUUCCCCAGGAUCGACGAGCGUUUCUACUGCCGGAAGUACGACCACAUAUUUAUGAACGUCUACUAUUCAGAAACCGAGAAGCAUCUCAUGGACAAGCACAUUUUCGAAGGACUGAACGCCACCGCAAUGCUGAUAAAGAGCACCGGCGAGUUAAAGGUCUAUUAUCCUGGUCCCCACUGUCGCUGUCAAGAACCAGUCUUUAUCCCUCGCUCCGAUGACGCCUCCGAGGGAGAUGGCCAUGUUAUCUUCGCGGUUCACCGCCUUGAUAUCAAUCUCACCAACCUUGUGAUUGUUGACACGAAGGACUUUGAGCGUCCAGUGGCCGUCAUCGAGUUGCCGCUGCGCAUGCGAGCUCAGAUUCAUGGGAACUGGGUUGAUGCCAGAGAGCUUAACGGCCGACCUCUGGUUGUGCCCCCUCCUCUCCACCAUAUGACUUGGAGGCACAGACCUGGACCAAAUGCCACCGCUACGAAGCCUGGCGGCGUAUAG